ACUAAGAAUCGAACACGGGAUGUAGAAACUCAACAAUUAGGCUUGAUGGCGAUUUAAUUUACAGAAGCGGAUCAUUUAUAACCUCUCGAUGUUAUGAAUAACUUGCAGAAUAUGUGUGUGUAGUUCAUUUGCAAGAUAUUAGGUCUUUUUUUUACCAAUAGAUCGUCAAAAACUGACAAGUUUGUCAGUGAGUUAGAGACCACGAUAUGCAAAAAUACAGAAUCCUUGGCAAGAAAGGCGAAGGAACUUUCUCUGAAGUCCUCAAAGUCCAAGAUGUUCGGAAUGGAACUUACUUCGCUUGCAAGAAAAUCAAGCAGCGAUACGAUAGCAUUGAGCAAGUAAAUAACUUGAGGGAGAUACAAGCAAUGCGAAGACUAAGUCCUAACAUGAAUGUUGUGGAGUUGAAGGAAAUUAUUUUUGACAAGAAAAAUGGAACCUUAGCACUGAUCUGCGAGCUGAUGGACAUGAACUUAUAUGAAGUUAUACGAGGACGGAGGCAUUAUCUACCUGAAUCUAAGGUCAAGAACUAUAUGUAUCAAUUAUGCAAAUCAAUUGAUCACAUGCAUAGGAAUGGUAUAUUUCAUCGAGAUAUAAAACCAGAGAAUAUUCUUAUCAAGGAUGAUGUAUUAAAACUAGCAGAUUUUGGAUCAUGUAGGAGUGUAUACUCAAAACAACCUUACACAGAAUAUAUUUCAACUAGAUGGUAUAGAGCACCAGAAUGUCUAUUAACAGAUGGUUAUUAUAAUCACAAAAUGGACCUCUGGGGUGUGGGGUGUGUGUUUUUUGAGGUCAUGAGUUUGCAUCCUUUGUUCCCUGGUUCUAAUGAAGUAGAUCAAAUAGCAAAAAUACAUGAUGUCUUAGGAACGCCACCAGCUAGCAUACUACAGAAAUUAAGAAAUAAAUCAAGAAGUAUGAAUUUCAACUUCCCCCAGAAAAAAGGGACUGGCAUCAGUAAACUUCUUCCACAUGCAUCACCAGAAUGUAUUGAGUUGAUAGAACUAUUGUGUACUUAUGACCCUGAUGAAAGAAUAUCAGCAAAGCAAGCGAUACGACAUCCAUAUUUCAAAGAUCUAAGGGAAUUAGAAAGAAGGGCUGCUGCCAGAGCAUCACCAUCAGAAAUGUCUGUCAGAAGCAAUAAACCAUUAAAGAAAAAGAAACGACAUGUUGUGAACAAAAUGAAAGAAACAACAUUACAAGAGUCUAUCCUUCCAAAGGAAUUCCCAUCAGCCAUCAUCCCACCACCACAAUCUAACUACCACCCAUUUGGAAUGGGAACUAAAGGAAGUGUUUAUAGUAAUAGAACAGUUUUACCUAAGAUACCACUUGCAACGAGCAUGACAACGUCUUUUCCAACAUCAUUUCCUCCUAUCCUUAAUGACAAAACCAAGAAGACUAAAACUACCAAGCAGUACAACAACUAUUCAUUACCAGCCAUUGAUAAACAAGGAGGCGCUUCAGGAUUCUAGUGAGAUAACAUUUUAGUGGCACUUCAUGAGGACAUGACUGUUCAAUCUUUCCAGAAAGGAAAAGGGAAGGAAAUCUGUUACCAGCGAGUUUGCAGUUCCACUGCAUACAGGUAGCAGUAACAAGAAAUUCUCUACAGUCAAGAGAAUGAGAAGCUGUGCAUGAAAGAACUAUGAAACUCCUCACUUGAUAACUGAAUGCUUUGAAAGGCAAAACAAUUCAACCUAAAACUGGUCAAGGAAAGCUGCAUUAAAACAAAGAGAGAGAAAUUACUUUAUGUUUUUACAGAAGAUCAAUCUUUUUACAUAGAAUAUAAAUUAUUUUUAAUGUUACAAAGUUAUUAGGGAUUUCAGGCUCAUACAUUGUGGAAGAUCUUUUAGUUUUUUUAAAUCUAUUUUGUUGUACCUUCUCAUCCCUCAGAAGUCAUACUUUAUAAGUUUGUGAUUACAUAAAUUAAAGUGUGUUAUGAUUAUUAUUGUACAGAUAUUUUAAACAAAUUUAUUAGUUUUUUUAAUUAAAAGCAUGACAAUAUUUUUAUAUGAAAAGAAACCUGCAGCCAUCACAAUGGUGUGAUUCUUUAGUUAUUUUCGCAACUCUACCAACACUUAAGUUUUAUGAAGGGCAUGUAGCAUAACUGGUUUAGUGAAAAUAGCAUAAAUAUGAAUGGUUUUAUAUUAUAUUGUACAUAACAAGAUGUGAUGGAAAUGAUUUUUAAAAAAAUUCAAAUAAAAUGUGUGAUUCAAUUGCAA